AUGGGUUUCCGCAUUAUUGAAACCGUCAGAGGCAACUGGGACAUGUUCAGUCCCAUCGAACGUCGCAAUGUCGCCAUCUAUAUCCUCGGCAUCAUGUUAUAUAAAUUUGGCCUGGAGGCUUUCAAUGGAUCAAUCGUUGCGCUAGCCACGAAUCGCUAUGACUACGACGCUGCGAGAACCCACACCCAACCUAGGACUUUUGAGAAAGUUGGCCUUCUUACCGGUCUCAACCAGGCGUUUCAAUGUGUCGGCUCCAUUCUCAUUGCGCCGCUUGUCAGGAAAGCAUCGACACGGGUGGUUUUGGCGAUAGCAAUAUCCGUUUUUGGCCUCUUCACUGCCCUUCUCUUGAUCCUGGAUGCCAGUACGGGCGGUACCUUCGUUCCAGCCGAGUUUCGAGAGAAACACCCUCGCAUGGACUUCCACUACUACGGCAAAUAUAACACCGAUGGGAUGAUCCCGAUUUACUGCGUCACGGGCGUGGUGUAUGGCAUGGUCGAGCUUAUUCGACGAGUUAUCCCCAGAGAUAUUGUGGGCGGAAACGUGCAGAAGCUUCGACGGAUGGACGCCCUUGUCCACGUUUUCUAUGAAAUAUCUGGCACUGCCGGAGCGUUCUGUACGGCCCUCGCCUUGAUACCGCAACUCGGGAACAACUACUCUUUCAUUAUUACUCCAGUGUGUUUUAUCAUCGCCGGUUGCGUGUGGAUAUGUAUCACAGAUACUGCAGUUCAACAACCAGCAAGGGAGAAGUUGCUUUCAGAUCAACCCACCUACAUCAAGGCAGUGUUCGGCUCGUUCUAUCUAUUCGGAGAAUCCCUCUGGACUGGUGCGAGACUCAUCCUCACGAACCGAAGGUUCAUCUGGCUCGUACCAGGUUAUGCUAUUGCCUUUUAUGGACAUCGAUACCUCGAAAACGGCCUCGCGCCCGCCAUCGCUCGAAGAUACCUUGGCCAUUCCGCAUGGUCGCAGGUCAUCGUCGGUGGAUCCAAUCUAGGCGAAUUGCUCGGUGCCGCAUUCGUCUUUCUAUUUACAAAUUUCAUCACCACUCCAAUCCCCUGGAUCCGCAUAGACGCUAUCAUGUUGCUAGCAGUCUGGUACCUACCGUUCUGGUACCCGCCCGUUGGCGAUGUUCGGUAUGCAUGGAUCAUCGCCGCCACAUUCCUCCCGAUAUCCUUUGGCUGGGCCGCCGGUGAUGUCUCCCUUGCAGCCUACAUUCAAGCCACCCUCGCCCGCGUCGAAUCUAAAACGAAAAACGUGUCCGCCCUCGGCGCCGUCAUGGCAUGUCUUUACACAACCUAUAUCGUCAUCUAUGCGAUUACUUCCCCGAUACUUGGACAAUACAUCGACAAAGUCUACACUGACACCGGUGGAAGCAAAGGAGGCGGAAAUAUUCACGGUGCAAUUCUCAACGUUGCCGGGAUACAAUAUUCGGUCAUGGCGUUUGUCAUAUUCGCGUCGACAUUCGUUCCCCAGGGCUCAUUCGCACUGAACCCCAAGCUUCUCUUUAACCAGAAUCUCGAUGCGGACGUGGAUGUCUCCGAGAUUGCUUCGAUCGAGAUGAAGAAGAGCAUGGAUCGACGAGACACUUUUGGCGACCACGGCAGCGAGAGGGAGUCGUGGUAA